AUGGAGAGAGGGAAACCUAAGAUGGAAGUGAGAGAAAGUGGGACUCGAGGGAACUCUGCAGACCUCAGGAACCGCCAGCGUCCACCUGAACGCUACUUCUCUGCCAUCUUCCACCGUAAUUUUCCCCUCCCGCCACCUGAGCAACGGUCGCUGCCACAACAGCGACAACUACAGUCGACUCCGGGCAUAUGUGACCCAGCGGCCCCCCACACCGAGACCAAGACUGGGGACGGGAAGCCAGCGGUCGCCAUUGCCGACACACGCUAUCUUGUAAAAGUCUACUCACUGAACGAGGACCAACAAUGGGAUUAUCUCGGCACCGGGCACGUCUCCUCUAUUUAUGUGAAGCGCCACCAGGGCGUGUCCCUGCUCGUUAGGUCGGAUUCCCAGGCCUCACUAAUCUUGGAAUCAAAGAUAAAUUCAAAUACGCCCUAUCAGAAACCACAGGAAACGCUGAUUAUUUGGUCUGAAGCAGAGAACCAUGGUGUGGCAUUAAGUUUCCAGGACACUGAGGGUUGCCACAAGAUCUGGGAGGAAAUUUGCCACGUUCAGGGAAAAGACCCAUCCAUCGAAAUCACGCAAGAUCUCUUGGAGGAAUCCAAAGAGGAACAACUGCAUGAAGUCCUGGAAACCAAUAAUGUGUUUGACCUGCCUAACUGUGAACUCUGUAAACUUGAAGAGAUCGAUGACUUCAUUACCUCGGUUCUCGCUUCACCGAUCCGUAAGGAGAGACUGGCUCUGAUCUUAGAAAAUGACAACUAUAUUAAAAAUUUGCUGCAGCUGUUCCACACUUGUGAGGACCUAGGGGACACUGCAGGCUUACAUCAUUUGCAUGAAAUUAUUAAAGGCAUCUUAUUCCUUAACAAGACAGCUCUGUUUGAGAUCAUGUUUUCUGCUGAGUGUAUCAUGGAUGUGGUGGGAUGUCUUGAAUAUGACCCUGCUUUGGCUCAGCCAAAAAGGCAUAGGGAAUUCUUGACCCAAAAUGCAAGGUUCAAGGAAGUUGUACCAAUAACAAACGGUGAACUUAGGCAAAAAAUAAAUCAGACAUAUAGGAUACAGUACAUCUAUGACAUACUUUUGCCGGCACCAUCCAUGUAUGAAGAGAACUUUCUUUCUAGUCUUACAACUUUUAUUUUCCUCAACAAGGUUGAGAUAGUCAGCAUGCUGCAGGAUGAUAACUUUUUGUCUGAAGUCUUCGCACAGUUAAAGAAUGCGGCUAUAGAUGAUGAUAGACGGCGUGAAUUGCUACUUUUCUUCAAGGAAUUCUGUGCAUUUUCUCAGACAUUACAGCCUCCAAAGAAGGAUGCUCUGUUCAAAACACUGACAGAAUUGGGAAUUCUUCCUGUUCUUAAAAUCGUAAUGAGCAUGGAGGAUUCGCAAAUAAGGUCAGCUGCUACUGAUAUAUUUACUUAUCUUGUGGAGUAUAGUCCAUCCAUGAUUCGAGAAUUUAUCAUGGAAGAAGCUCAGGAGAGUGAAGACGGUAACCUUUUCAUUAAUUUAGUCAUUGAGCAAAUGAUCUGCGAUACUGAUCCUGAGCUAGGAGGUGCUGUUCAUUUAAUGGAACUUCUUCGUACUCUUCUUGAUCCAGAAAACAUGCACGCAACAUCUACUAAAUGUGAAAGAAGUGAAUUCCUAAAUUUUUUCUACAAGCAUUGUAUACACAACUUCAUAGCACCACUUUUUGCCACCACUUCGGAAGAUAUAUGUGAAAGGGAUAGUGAAGUUGGAUCCGACAGAAACAACACACAUUGCUUGAGUGCGCUCCGCUUUAUGAGAAGGAUGAUUGGCCUUAAAGAUGAACUUUAUAAUUGUUACAUCAUCAAGGGAAAUCUUUUUGAGCCAGUUGUCAAAGCUCUUCUGGGUAACGGAACUCGGUACAAUAUGUUGAAUUCAGCUGUUAUUGAGCUGUUUGAAUACAUAAGAGCGGAAAAUAUCAAAUCUCUUAUUAUACAUAUAGUUGAAAAGUUUUAUAAGGCACUUGAAUCGAUUGAAUAUGUCCAGACAUUCAAAGGAUUGAAGAUUAAAUAUGAACAAGAAAAAGACCGGCAGAAUCAAAUACGGAAGAAUUUACAUUCUAUCCUGCAUAGUAAAAUACUUCGCAGGAGUGCCAGAGUUGUGGACAAGAAGGAAGAAGAGCGUUUUAAAGGAAAUUCAGAGGAAGGAGAAGCAACUAUGCCGCCACUGGAAGAUGAUUUUCAAGAUGGUUUCAAAUUUAUGGAGACUGAAAAAACAAAGGAAAAUGAAGACAAGGUAGCUCCUCCUAAAAGAUCAUCCUCAGGGGGCUACAAACCCACCUCAUCCCAUCCGGCUGCUGCUGCUAAUGGAACACGUAGCCUGCGGGGUAGCAGCACUGUUGGCUUAGCGAAUCAUCCCAAUGAUGAUGAAAAAGAUAAGGAAGAUGAAACAUCUCCCAGGAAGAGACCACAUCUUAGCCUGUAA